CCUCAACCGCCAUGCAGAACACACGUUCAUCGCCAUUGACGGAAUCAUUUAUGGUCUCUGCACCAGGAAAAGUCAUCGUCGUGGGUGAACAUGGUGCGGUAUACGGCCAUCCUGCCAUUGCUGCAGCGAUCUCACUACGAUCCUAUCUUUCUGUUCAAACCCUCUUCGACUCCGAGCGCUCCGUCACACUGGACCUCAAAGAUAUUGGCUUGUAUCACACUUGGAAUAUAGACAGUCUGCCUUGGCCGGCCUCCGAUCAUGCCUCCCCCGAAAAUAAACUGUACCAGUGUCACGGUCCCUCUCUCGACAAAGAGCUCCUCGCCUCCAUCAAGCCACUCAUGGAAUCGGUUUCUCUCCAUCAUCCACCAAAUCAGCAAAGGAUACACCGCGGAUCCGCCACGGCCUUUCUCUAUCUUUUCCUCUCUCUGGGUUGCCGGCAAAGCCCUGGAUUCGUGUAUACUCUCCGGUCCACGAUUCCAGUCGGUGCUGGCCUGGGCAGUAGCGCGAGUGUUUGCGUUUGCUUUAGUGUUGCAAUGCUCAUUCAGGGAAAUGCGCUGGGAAGAACCCGUCGCAACCUGGAGAAAGAGUUGGAAUGCAUCAACAGCUGGGCAUAUGCAGGAGAGCUCUGUAUCCAUGGAGAUCCGAGCGGAGUUGAUAACACGGUCUCGUGUCUGGGGAAAGCUGUGCUCUUCCACAAGAUGGCCGACAGGCCUUCCUCUGUCACCCCUCUCGAUAACUUCCCAACACUACCCCUUCUCCUCAUCGACACCAAACAGCCGCGUACAACAGCCCGACAGGUCGAGAACGUGCGAAAGCUUAAAGAUGCAAACCCGGAGGUGAUUGGAUCAAUCUUGGACGCCAUCGGCAGCGUUGCAGAGGAGACGCUGGAGUUCCUCCCCUCUGACGCCACCCACUUCAAUGACGAAAAGAAGCGUGAGGCUAUCGAGAAAUUGGGUGGCCUAAUUCGCAAAAAUCAAAGCCUUUUGAUUCGCCUUAAUGUCUCCCAUCCCUCCCUUGACCGCGUGGAGCACCUCGCAGAGACUGCAAGGAUUGGUUGGACAAAGCUCACUGGUGCUGGAGGCGGCGGCUGUGCUAUUGUUUUGCUCCGGCUGGACGUCAGCGAUAAUGAUAUAAGGGCAUUUGAGCGAGACAUCAAAAAGGAGGGGUUCGUGAAGUACGAGGUUGUCUUGGGGGCUCCUGGUGUCGCUGUGCGUGGGCGCACGGUCUUUGGAAACGGGACAGAGAAGAAGCAAGAUAUUGAACAGAUAGACGAGAAGAAGUUUGCGAAUGCUGUUGAUGCUCGGGAAAUCGAAGAGCUGGUCGGUCUAGGUAGGCUGGAAACUGGUGGCGGAUGGAUGUUCUGGGAACAACAGCUGAACUCUACACAUGGGAUUUAGGAAUUCUUCUCUGUAUAGGGUUACAUUUAGAAUUCAUAAUGGCAAGAUUUUGGUCAGCUCAGCUAUAAGAAGCAGGCCCUAUCUAUUGAUCUCCACGUCAGUGGUUCACAGCAUGAGCC